AUGGCCGCCGACCCAUCCUUCCGUCUCACGGGCACCUCCUUCGAUCCGCUUGGGAUCAUCAAGACAGUCACCGCCAGCAUCCUUGAGGUUUUCUUAUUAUGUCUCGCAGGUUAUGUCUUGAGUGUAAAGGGCAUCAUCGACUCCAAAUCAAAAAACACGCUGAAUAAGAUCAAUGUUUCAUUUUUCACCCCCGCUUUGAUGUUCAGCAAAGUCGCCUUUAGUCUGACAUCAGAAAAGCUUGCCGAUCUCUACGUGGUCCCCAUAAGCUUCGUGGUCAUCACCCUCACGUCCUGCUUGGUCGCCUGGCUAUUGUCCAAGCUGUUUAGACUGGAGAGGUCGGAACGUAACUUUUGUUUGAGUUUCUCAAUGUUCAUGAACUCCAACUCGCUACCCAUCGCCUUGAUUUCCAGCUUGAUUAGCACCAUCCAUGGUCAAGACGGCCUCAAGUGGGGCACAGACGACUCAAAGGACAAGCAAUUGGGCCGCUCGUUGACCUAUUUGGUCGUAUUUUCAACUAUGGGCUUGAUAUUCCGAUGGUCCUACGGCGUCAAGCUCUUAUCCGCUUCAGUCGGAACCGAGGACGACCACGACUCGGUCCAUAACGAGGACGUCGAAGACGGUAGCCGAUCCCACGAGGAGUCGGUCCCCUUUCUGACCUCGAUCGACAGACCCACUCCUAAAUCCAGUCUUGACCUCGACCGACAGCCUACUUUUCAACAUUCAUCUUCAGAUCAACUCGUCUCCCCCACCGACACCAAUCAUCCUCUGCCUUCCAACCUGCGCCCCCGUCUUAGCUUGGACUCGAUCGACAACUCCUCUCAAGCCCAGCCCUCGCCGAUCAUCGAGCAGUCAGAGGACCAUCUCCAAGCUCAUCUUCAACGUCCCAUCUUUCACAGCUUCCCCAACGUCAGAGAAUAUUGGAUGCAAUCGAUCUCAUCUAAGAGGAACAGUAUCGCAACCUCAUACACGAGCAAUAAUGAAUCGAUCGAGUCGAUUUCAGAACAAGCCCUACCCGAGGAACGACGACCAAGACGGCUGUCCCACCACGGGACUAGGCAUAGUCGCCGGAUGAAAACAACUAGAAAGCUGUUCAGAUGGCUAGUCUUCCGACCGGUUUUGAGGAUCAAUCAGUUCAUGACUCCACCUUUAUACGCCGCUUUCUUAUCACUAAUUGUAGUUUCUUUACCACGCCUACAACAAUAUCUGGAAGAAAUUCGUCCAUUACGAAGUGCAUUGAAGAGUGCUGGAAAUGUUUCUGUUCCCCUGACACUGGUUGUUCUGGGCGCCUAUUUCAACGCAAGCGAUCCCAACAAACCGAAAGCUGACAGCUCCUCGACCGAAGUGGCAACGCAAUCCCUGACGCCAGCUGAGCAGAAGAUUCAAGCGCGACUACGCAAGACAAAACGGGUUGAACGGCUGACGAUUCUAGGCUCGAUCCUAGCCCGGAUGAUAAUCACCCCUCUGAUACUAAUCCCGUUACUCUUCAUGAUCCUCCGAUACUUCCACAAGCGCGGCAAUGAUCAGGCCGGAGAAGAUCCCACCGGAUCCUCGCGAUUCCACGAAGAUCCAUGCUUUAUCCUCGUCACCGUCCUGCUCAUCGGUGCCCCACCCGCUAUCACUCUCGCCCAAAUGACCAACGCUAAUCCGUUCCCCAUAGGCUCGAAGUCCUUCAAGAUCCAAGCCCUCCAAAACGCCAAGUUCGAGAAACUCGUCUCUAAAACUCUCUUUAUCUCUUACGCUCUCAUCACCCCUCCCACCACUAUCGCUCUCGUCGUCCUCGGCCUCUUGAUCGAAGCCAAUCGUUAA